AUGGACACGAACCUCGAGGCGCGCAUGGGGGACAUGACCGUGGACUUCACGUGCAUGGACAUUCUGAGGAUCGGGCUGGACGUGGCGAGGGGGAUGAGUCAUCUGCACGACAACGGGGUGACCCACUUCGACAUCAAGCCGUCGAACAUUCUGCUGGACCGGGAGGACGGCGCGAAGCUGGCGGACUUUACGUGCUCCAGGCGGAAGCUGACGUCCACGAUAUCGGCCGAGGGGCGCGGCACGCUGGGAUACGUGGCGCCGGAGAUUCUGAAACACGCGCUGAGAAAGGGCCGAUUCUGCGCUCAGGACCCCAAACCCCACUUCCCCGCGGAGAAGAUCGACGUUUACAGCUUCGGCAAAGUACUACUGAAGUGCCUCACCGGGGAUCUUAGUCACGCCGAGAGUCAGGCUGAGAAGGCUCGGGGAUCCUACCCUGAACUCUGGGAUCUGAUCCGCCAGUGCGUUGCCGUCGAUCCGGUUGACCGUUCAACGUGCAGGGAAGUGGUGGCGGCGCUCGAGGGCAUGGUGGAGGGGCGCGGGGAUUGGAGGGCGGGGCGGCCCAGAGAGGAGAUAUGGCCGGAGUCGACGAGGCUGUAA